GCGCGUGCGCAGUGUCGUUCGCCCCGUGGCCUUCUGGGCCCGAGUAGGACAUGGUGCUGUCAGAGUUGGCCGUGCGCCUCAACUGUGCCGAGUACAAGAACUGGGUGAAGGCGGGUCACUGCCUGCUGCUGUUGCGCGGCUGCCUGCAGGACUUCGUUGGCCGCGAGGUGCUCUCCUUCCACCGCGGCCUUCUCGCCGCCGCCCCCAGCCUGGGCCCCCGCGCCUCCUGCCGCAGCGGCUCGCGGUGCAGCCCACGCGCCCGCCAGUUUCAGCCUCAGUGUCAGGUGUGCGCAGAGUGGAAACGGGAGAUUUUGAAACAUCACACCAACAGAAAUGGGGACGUCCACUGGGGAAACUGCCGGCCGGGCCGGUGGCCCGUCGAUGCCUGGGAGGUGGCCAAGGCUUUUAUGCCCCGAGGACUGGCAGAUAAAGCAGGACCUGAGGAAUGUGAUGCAGUUGCUCUUUUAAGUCUCAUCAACUCCUGUGAUCACUUCGUGAUUGAUCGAAAGAAAGUCGUAGAGGUGAUUAAGUGUCGUAAUGAGAUCAUGCACUCUUCAGAGAUGAAAGUAUCUUCUAUGUGGCUUCAAGAUUUUCAGACAAAGAUCCAAAAUUUUCUGAAUGAAUUCAAGAAUAUCCCAGAGAUUGUGGCAAUAUACUCCAGAAUAGAACAGCUAUUGACCUCUGACUGGGCUGUUCACAUCCCUGAGGAAGAUCAGCGAGAUGGAUGUCAAUGUGAAACAGGAGGCUACCUGAGUGAGAGCCAAAUAAAUGAAAUAGAAAUGGAAUUACUAAAGGAGAAACUUGAAGACAUAUAUCUUCAAGCAAAAGACCAAGAGGUGUUGCCUGAAGAGAUCUUAAAUCAACUGGAAGUGGUGAAAGAAUUUCUGAGAAACAAUGAGGAUCUUAGAAGUGGUCUUACAGAAGAUAUGCAGAAGCUAGACAGCCUCCAUCUACAGCAUCAAAAACCAGAUUCAAAGGAACCUGGGGCACAGACACCUAAAGGGAAGGCCUGAGGUGGCCCUUAGCAGUGAUCAGGCAUAUUCUGUCAGAGCCAGCACAGCUUCCAUCUGAGCCAUCCUCUCCUGUUCAUGAGGAAAAACUUACCGGAGUACUGUACCCAAACAAAAAGGAAUUUCUUCCUGAACUUUCCUUCAACUCUUGGGACUAUUUUUUUAUGUUCAUAAGCUUGGUGUUUUGUGAUCUGUACCAAUCAAAAAAUAUUAGUUGCUCUUGUACCAAAACUUGCUGUCAUCCAGGGUUUUUUGUUUUUUUGCUGUUUAAAUGGCAGGAUUCUUUUCUGUUCCUAAAUUCCAGCUGCUUAACACAGGCUGUGUUUGGCCAGGCCUGUGGAAGAAGUUUUCUGCCCACUGGCACACAACCUGCUUUCUUGAAGGUCUCGUUCAUGAGAAUGUCCAAGGGGUGGGCUGUGAUGUAAAUGUUGAAAUAUAAAUCCUUUUCUUGGAAGAAGGCCUAAAAAAAAUUGCGUGACGUGAAAGGGCAUUUUCUAGCCAUUUCCAAUUAGUGCAGAACUGUUACUACCCACUGCUGGUGGCCUGGGGCAGUAGGAUAAGGAGGUGGGGCCGGGCUGGUCACUGGGAGCUGGAGAACUGACUCCACUAACUGGGGGAGCGGCAGGGCGGGGGCUGGGCCAGUUCCAAAAGCAGGGAUGUCAGGGAAAGCUCCAAAGGUGUUGGCUUGUGGAUGGUACUCUUGUAAAAAGUAAACUCCCAUGGCAGUCAGAGCUCUGUCUGCUCAACUGUAUCCCAAGUGCUGAGCAUGGGCCUGGCCCUGGGUGCUCUUUGAAUAUUUGUUGACUUAAAGGGUCAACUGUUAGCGUAGGGUUUUUCACAGAUACUUAGUUAUACCAUUAAGUAAACCUGGUCCUUCAUUACUAGAUUUAUGAAAUUUCAACAUUCUUAUGGAAAUUCAAAGAUGUGAUUUUAUUUAAACAAAUUCACAAAUUCAUUCUUACUCUGUCUGUUCUUUUACCCAAAAAGCCAUCCACUGCUGACUUUGUCCUGCUUGUUUCCUGAACUGAGAAACCAUUGUCCCAUUGUGUGCAGUGGUUUUUGGGGUCGGACUCACCCUCAGCUGUCCUCUACAUUGGCUCCUUCCCAAAGCCAGUGGUACUUGAUUGGGCCAUGUCGCCUCUGGAGCUUCAGGCCCAGAAUUGGCACGUCCCUCACUGCCUGGAGGAAGCACUUCCAUCCCGAGCCCAAGCUAUGCUCCCUGGCUUGCCUGGCCACCCAUCAAGGAUGUGAUCUGUGGUGAAUGGGCGGAGGGUAGGGUAUAUUUGGUGUAUCUUUACAUUAAAAUCCAUUUAAUAUAAUUCUGUAAAACCUGGAUGAAUGCAGAUGUGCCCGUAACUUCCGGCUUUAAUCUUUUCCAUUACUAUUUGGUCUUUAAUCUUGUAUUUCCUUUCACUCUUUCAUGGCAUUCCUUUAGAAGACUUCCCCCAAACCAAGAAAUGUAAUGAAAUAUUAACUAGCGUCUAGAUAAAAGGUAAAAACUUGGGAUCAAAUUAAAUCUUGAUUCACUAACCAAUUUAAGACCUGAUUUUUAACUUCAGGAACUUUGAGGUUAUGAACAUUUUGAUUUCAUACCUCUUGUGUCUAGUUAGCUCUUCCUUGUCUAGCCAACAAACAUUUAUCGAGUGUCAGCCACAUGCUGUGCCAGGCACUGAAGCAGAUGCAAACGUGAGGAUUUGUAAGGUAUGGAUGAUGGUAUCCACACUGUCAUCUUACUGGAUUUAUUGUCUGCCUGAUAAAGAUACUCUUCAGAAAACAUUAUACUGGCAAUAUUUAAUUACAGUGAAACUGGAGCAAAGAAAGGAAGACAUGACCAGAGAGGGCUUUGAAGCAAACGGAGCCAUACAGGGCCUCUCUUCCACAGAUGUGUGCAUGUGGGCGCAGGGUGUGCACAAACGGCUGUUUACAGCAUUGGCAGCCAGCCUUCAAGAGAAAACUGAUUAAAUCAGCACAUCCAUGCUACAGAGUAUUAUGAAAUUGUUUUUUUUUUGUUGUUGUUG